UAACAUUUUGGGUUUUACAGUGUAUACACACACACAGUGAUAACUAAACAAAAUACUUAAGUCCCAUUUCUAAUAUAAUGUUUCACAAAUUCACAAACGUUAUACACAAAACUUUUACAUUUUAGAAUGGGAGUCCCUCAUACAAGGAUCAUCUUAUUUAGUGCUCAGUGACAUCAAAUACCCCUACUUUAGAAAGGCACUUAGCUUUGUAAUGUUUACUUAACAACAUACACACUUGCUGACUGUUUUGAAAGUGUACACGGGUCAAAUGAGGAGUCAUCGAUUCCAAGAAUACUUUGAGAAGAUCAAAGUUCAGAUUAGUCACUGUGGGUCACUGUGCAGUAUAGGGUCAGGCCAGACAUUCAUUAGCCCAUAUCCAGCUGUGUCCCGGGUGUCCUUUAUCUGUAAUCAAGAUAUGUUUAUUCUUCUUUGUUUAAUGCAUAGACAUUAGUGCUGAUGUGUCAAUAUGAGAACACUAGGUUAUUCAGAAACUCCAGGACAUUAAAGUGUCAGCCACUGACAGUAAAACUUUUCUCUUUAUAAUGUUUUUGAAUGAACAUUUUUACUGUAUACAUGUGAAAUGAACAGAAUAAUGAGCAUAAAUUGAUUAUAAAACAAAAGGGAGAGUGAACCGCUCAUUAGAGACUUACAGACUUUAAUGUAUUUAGGUGAUGUUCAUAAAAUCAAUCAACCUCAGCAACCGAGAAUUAAUUAAUUAUCAGCCAUAUUAACCAUAGUCCUCUUUCUGAGGGUCUUUUUGAUUGUGGUUUCCUCGCGUAAGCUUCAAUACAAUCCAGUACAAGUAAGUAAGGAUCAGUCUUUUAUGAGUAAAAGCACUUUUUGUCUAGUAUAUCACUUCCAUGCAGUUAAUUAAAGGACAUGCGCUGAGCAUCGGGGGAGUUGUGAUGUUAUUUAUGUGUGUUGAAAGAGCUGCCUGAAGACUGCCAACAAACGGUAUUAUCCUCAUUGCCUAAUGCAGUGAGCGAGGACAAGAGUCCACGAGGGGGGACGUUCUGCUUUAGAAGACUUUAAUCAAAACAUUGCAGUGGGAGUGUUUGUGGUCCCUCAUUCUCUUCUUCACUUUCUCCUUGUUACUGGUGUGGUUUUACUUCUGGUGGGAAGCCCACAAUGACUACAGCGAGUUUAAUUGGUUUUUAUAUAACCGUUCAGGGGAGUGGAGUGAUGGAACCGUUCCCAUAUUGGCCACCACUGCAGCUGGUUUCACCUAUAUUGCAUUUUUAAUGAUUUUAGCCCUGUGCCAUGUAGCUGUUGGGCAGCAGUUAAACCUCCACUGGGUCCACAAGAUUGGUGUGACAGUCGCUUUGCUCACCACAAUAAUUGGUGUGAUAUCUGUCACUCAGAUGUGGGGAGAGGAAUGGGAUGUAGUUUGGAUUUCUCUUCAGGCAACAGGUCCCUUCCUGCACAUCGGUGCUUUAGCUGCGGUUACUGCUUUAGCCUGGCUGAUGGCUGGACAAGUGGCAAGAGCCGAGAAAACCAGGUUUCAAGCGAUGGUUCUGCUCCUCUACCUAAGUGUUCUCCUCACCCUCUACUUCAUUCCUCUGUCAAUCUCCUCACCCUGCAUCAUGGAGCGAGGGAGUCUCAAAGCAGCACCCGCCAUCAUCGGCCAUCAAGGAGCUCCAAUGCUGGCUCCUGAGAACACUCUCUUAUCCUUCAACAGAGCUUUGCAGAGAAAUGUUAGUGGACUAGAGACCGAUGUGACCAUCAGUCUCGAUGGUGUGCCAUUCCUCAUGAGAGACCGGACGCUGAGGAGAACCACCAAUGUAAGGAGAGUGUUUCCAGAGAGACAGUAUGAGGAUGCUUCACUUUUCAACUGGACUGAUCUGAGCACACUCAAUGCCGGCCAGUGGUUUCUAAAGGAUGAUCCCUUCUGGACUGUGCAGUACAUGUCAACGACUGAACGCUGGUCUGUGGGAAACCAGACUGUGUGCAGCCUGGAGCAGAUGCUUAAACUUGCAGCUAAGUACAAGAGCUCGGCUUUAUUCACAGUGCACAGACCACCAGUCAAUCACCCGCACCACCACGACUGGGUCAACCUCACCCUGGACACUGUUCUAGGGUCAGGAAUACCACAAGGACAGGUGAUGUGGACGGUGGACAGUAACAGGGAAAUGGUGAGAAAAGUGGCUCCAGGUUUCCAGCAGACCUCAAUGCAGAAGCUGCCCUUCGAUACACUCCAUCAUAAUGGCAUCAGCAGACUCCUGCUGCGCUACAACCAGGCCUCUGAGCAGGACGUCCGGUUGUAUAAGGAGAACAACAUCAGCGUGAGUCUGUAUACAGUGAAUGAGCCGUGGCUGUAUUCUCUGCUGUGGUGCAGCGGGGUGCCGUCCGUCUCCUCUGAGGCCCCGCAGGUGUUGAGGAAGCUGCACUAUCCGCUCUGGCUCAUGACUCCGGAUGAGUACUGCUUGAUAUGGAUCUCCACUGAUCUCAUCUCCUUCGCUGUAGUUCUGGGAAUAUUUAUAUUCCAGAACUAUCACAUGAUCAGGUGGAGAAUGAGUGGCAUGCGUAGCUACAACCCGGAGCAGAUCAUGCUGAGCGCAGCCGUCAGGAGAUCCAGCAGAGACGUCAACAUCAUGAAGGAGAAGCUCAUCUUCUCUGAGGUGAGCAAUGGAGUCAACGGUGAUGAAGCAUAUUCAGAAAAUGGAUUUAACUACUACACCAAUUAAGACGUUGCUCAUUGACUCCACGAUGGAGCGAAAAAUCACAUCACAUCCUAAACCAACUUGUGAUGUAUCCUCUGAACUACUGACUCGACUCUCAGUCUACUGUUAAUAAUGGGCCCUUGUACAGAAAUAUUGUUUUUUCUUCUACUGUUAAGUUGCUUGUUUUAAAUUCUGGACAGUAAACGACCAAAUCUGUGGCCUCUUCCUCCCCACGUAACGCUUGAGGAUGCUUCGGACCUUUUGUUGCUUCGUAUUGCAAGCAUGCCUAGUGGAUUUUUACCUGUCGGUUUUUGGGGAUUUUAUUUUUUCUAAUCUUCCAUAGCCAGCCAAUGUGGAGUAGACCAUAUAUAUUAAGCCAGUUUUUAUUUCCUAGACCUUGAUUUGGUGUGAUGAUAUUCACAGUCUAAUGAUGCCUUCUGUUCAAACGGUUGUGGGUUUUCAAGAAGAAGAAGAAGAACAACAAAGAGGUGUUUACUGAGUGCCUGCCUUUAGCCUUCCAGUGAUAUUUACUGUGUUUGAUUAUAUACCGACUGUUUAGCAUGUGGUUCAGUUGUCAUUAUUGGAGUGAAUCACUCAGCCUUAUCAUCUUGGUCAGUUUGAUUUAGCAAACAUGUAAGAUGUGGGCACGUGUUCUGCUUGUGUAUAUAUGGAAGCUGACUUAAGAAGAACAACAGUAAAAAGGUAACUGUUUUCCUUAUGAUUUAGAGUUUGUGUAAAUUUUCUCACAAUUUCAGGAAUUGUGAGAAUAUUUAGAGGUGAAGAAAGUCAGAAUUGCAAGGUAAAAAGGGACAGUUCUGGCUUUUUUCCCCCUCAGAAUUGUGAAUUUACACACUGUAGUUUUAAAUUGGUUUUCUCAGAAUUAUGAUUAUAAAUUUCAGGGUUAAUUUUAUAUACUUUCUUACCAUUUUGACUAGUUAAAUUUUAUUUCACAAUUCUAACUUUUUUAGGAACUUAAAUUGUCAGUUGUGAGUUUAUGGACAAUCUUGCAGUUCUGACUUAAAAUGAUAGUAAUUUCAAAUUUUGUAGGCUUUUUGCAAUGAAAAUCAAUUCAAAUUGUCAUAUGCAAAGUUAUAGAAUAUCAAAUUGUUAUAGAAAAUAAUUGUAAAUUUUCCCCAGUAAUGUUAAAAAAAAUUCUUGCAAUUUUAAGAAUUUCGGUCAGAUAUUUUCACCUUAUUUUUUGUAUUUUUAUUCUUGCGAUAUAUUUUUUUCCCUCAGAAUUGACUUUCUCACCAAUUGUGAGCUUAUAAGCGUUCUUGCUAUUGUUACUAUUUAAUAAAUUCAUAAUUAUUUAAUUUUUUUAUUUAGCAUUUGUGUGAUUGCAAUUUAAAACUGUGAUUUAACCCCUUAACUGUCGGUUAACCUUACCUUUUGAAAAUGAAGCCCAAAUGAUUGUCAAUCUUCGAUUCUUUGGUGCAAAAAUGUAAACUUGGUCUCGUUUUAAAGAUAACAGAUGUCAGAUUGUUGCUGAAGGGAAAAAAGUUCAAAAAGUGAUACGAAAACAAAAGUUAUGUGCCUUUGUUUCUGAAAAUAAUAAAACAAUAAAGGUAUAUUUUUAUUAUAUUACAUUUUACAAAACCUGUUUAACGUAAAAUUUACAGAAAAGUCUAAGCUAAAAAUCUUAAAACCAAAAAUUUCCAAAUUUGAAGUAAAUAUCUCCUAAAAAAUCAGCUUUUAGUAAGAUUCUGUUUGACUGUAGUACCAAACAUGACCACCAGAUGACAUUCAGUUUCCAUUAGUGCCCAUACAAGAGCGCCCCCAAAGUUUUGAGGAAUAUGAAUCAUAUAUAUUUUUUAAUUCCUUUGAAAAUAUUUAUAAAGUAGACAUACAAUUCUAUAGUAGUUUGGUGGUAUUUGAUUUGAGUUUAGCUUCUGAAAAAGCAUUAAAAAAAAUUACAUUUGGAAAUCAAAGUAAUGCUUUACCACUCUAAAGAUCCUUUUCGCAAAUUAUUUAAUAACUCUUGCUCGCUAAUAUCUAUCAAAAAUCCCCAGAAGUCAUCAGCCUUCAAAUGAUAUAUAGUUUGUCAUAACUGCUUUGUUUAGACUACAAUAUUAGGGCUUUAAAGUGUAACCGUAAAAAAUCCCACAGGUUGUAAGAUGACAGUAAAUGUGUUUUAAUUUAUUACUCUUCCUACAUAAUUGCAAAAAAGUAAUCUAAACUGUGACAGUUAAGGGGCUAAACAAAUCCGCAAAGUCGGAAUGUGCAAUAAAAAGACAAAGGAAGUCAGUUACCUUUUUAACUAAUGGCAGAAACAAGCUUCCCUAAAUCCCAGUAAUAGGGUUAAAUUGGUGGAUUCUGGAAAGCAAAACUGAAAGGUCCAGGAGGAGUGUCUGUUAGAUAUAGUCUAGAUUUUAUAGUUGAACACUGGUCACAAAGGAAGCUGGCUUGGAGUUUGGAUGCAGUGCAAUAUUACUUGGACACUGUCUUAUAAUAAAAAGUGUUUGGAUAUUGUUCAGUGAUUUUUAUUUAAAUUUUAAACUGGUUUUAGUCUAGUAUUCAUGUGUUGUACAGCUCGUGGCACUGCUGAGGUGCCCUGACCCGUGAUGUAAUGUAAAUGUGAGAUGUGACAUUGUUUACAGUGGUUUGUUCUGUCACACAGAGGAACGGGGCUGAACGGUUUUGCUGUUUGAUGUUUUUAUUUUGUAUUGAUGUGUUUCAGAGAUCAAUCAAUAAAACAAACUGCAGAUUUAA